CUUUGUUGGACACUUACCUGGAAGCAAUAAAAACGCUCCUGGAGUUGGCCAUUUUCCCUCUUGUAAUCUUAUCUUCUAAUUAUCAGUUUUUGACCCUUUCCAUUUCGCUUUUCAACACACUUUUAAAUCCCAAAGUUUCUCUCUACCUUUAAAACUCUAUAAUUUUCUCUUUGUUUUCUGGGAAUCCUUGAUCAAAUCGUUAAUGGCAAGAACAAGCAACAAGAACGUACAAGCCAAGCUGGUACUGCUUGGGGACGUGGGAACUGGGAAAACAAGCUUGGUUUUGAGAUUUGUCAAAGGCCAAUUUUCUGAUUUUCAGGAAUCCACAAUUGGAGCUGCCUUCUUCACUCAGGUUCUGUCUCUAAACGAAGCCACGGUUAAGUUUGAUAUAUGGGACACAGCAGGACAGGAGAGAUACCAUAGCUUGGCUCCUAUGUACUAUCGAGGUGCCGCAGCUGCCAUCGUGGCCUACGAUAUCACAAACUCGGAAUCCUUUGAGCGUGCCAAAAAAUGGGUUCAAGAACUGCAAAGACGAGGAAAUCCGAAUCUGAUAAUGUUCUUGGUAGCAAACAAGGUCGACCUGGAAGAAAAGAGAGCGGUGGGAAAUGAGGAAGGUGAAGUAUAUGCCAAAGAAAAUGGUUUGACUUUCAUGGAAACAUCUGCAAAGACGGCACAGAAUGUCAGCGAACUCUUCUACGAAAUAGCAAAGAGGUUGGCAAAAGCUGCUCCUUCUCGGACAGGUGGAAUGAAAUUGCAUAGCCGACGGCAAGAAAGCGGAAGAAGGCUAUUCUGUUGCUCCUCGUGAUACAAAGGUCAUCGAAACUGAAGAUUAUGCUGGUUCCUGGCUGAAUUUGCUUCAAUGAAUAUUGGCUGUGCCUAUAUGCACGUACACUGCUGAAACACAGGAAAAGCUUUAUAUGAAUUUCAAAUGCGCUCAUUUUGUGUAAGAGAUGAUCAUGGAUCUCUAAAUGAAUAAAGGUUCAAAGCAAAAAAAUGACUUUGAUUACUGAAUUAAUAGUGUGUUUAUUAUGUCCAAUUAGUUUUUCUCUGUAUAGUAAGACGACUCGGUAACCAGUGCCGCGGUUCCAGAUCCUCUGUUAUAAUUUAUAAGCUUUUCAGCAUGGUUUGAUUUUCUAGUA